GCCCUUAGGAUAUACCUCGUUUUGUUGCGCUGCGUUGCUUUAUUGCGCUCCGCAGAUAUUGCGGGUUUUUUUUGUUGUUGUUUGUUUUUACAGCUUGAAAGUUUCUGGCAACCCUUCAAAGAGCGAGUCUGUCAGCGCCUUUUUUUUUUUUUUUUUUCCUAACAGCCUUUGCUCACAUUGUGUCUGCGUGUCACGUUUUGGUUAACUCGCAAUAUUUUAAACUUUCCCGCUAUUGCUAUAUUUGUUAUGGUGAUCUGUGAUCAGUGAUCGUCAACGUUACGGUUGGAAUUAUUUCGGGGCGCUGAGCAUGACACUCACACAAGGCCACCAACUUCGAACUCACUAGGUGACACGCUCGUGUUCUGACUGCUCCACCGCAGGCCUUUCCCGCUCCUCUCGGCCUCCUGCUUCCUGACUUCCAGCCGCAGUGACACGGGGCCCACCGGCCGGCUGGUGAGCCUGCGAUGGCCUCCAAGUGUCCGGGUGAGAGGAAGAGUCGCACUUCUCUCACUUUAAAUCAGAAGCUGGAGAUGAUCAGGCUCAGCGAGGAAGGCUUGUCCAAAGCGGAGAUAGGCCGGAAGCUCGGGCUCCUGCGCCAGACGGUGAGCCAGGUGGUGAACGCCAAGGAGAAGUUCCUGCGGGAGAUGCAGAGCGCCACCCCGCUCAGCACACGCAUGAUCCGCAAGCGCAACAGCCUCAUCGCCGACAUGGAGAAGGUCCUGGUGGUCUGGAUAGAAGACCAGGCCAGCCACAACAUCCCCUUGAGCCAGAGCCUGAUCCAGAGCAAGGCCCUCACGCUUUUCAAUUCCAUGAAGGCCCAGCGAGGGGCGGGGGCCGCCGAGGAGAAGUUCGAAGCCAGCAGAGGCUGGUUCAAGAGGUUUAAGGAGAGGAGCCGCUUCCCCGACACAAAAGCUGCGGGCGGAGCCGCCGGUGUCCUAACGGACGAGGAGCUGCUUCUCAUGGACCAACAGAGAAAGUGGCUCCUUGAGGUGGAAGCCGCUCCCGGGGAAGACACGGUGAAGGUCGUUGAGAUGACGACAAAGGAUCUGGAAUAUUACGUAAACUUAGUGGACAAGGCGGCGGCAGGGUUUGAGAGGAUUGACUCCAAUUUUGAAAGAAGUUCCGCUGUGGGUAAAAUGCUGUCCAGCAGCAUCGCGUGCUACAGAGAGAUCCUUCGCGAAAGGAAGAGCCGAUCCAAGCAGCAAGCCUCACUGUUCACUCAUUUUAAGAAAUUGCUACGACCGCCCCAGACUUUGGCAGCCACCACCCUGCUUAGUCAGCAGCCAUCAACUUCCAGGCAGGACCCUCCGCCUGCAAAAAGGUUAAGACUCGCUGCAGGGUCCGAUGAUGGUUAGCAUUUUUUUAGCAAUAAAGUAUUUUUUAGUUAAGAUCUGAAGAGAUUUCCUGAGUGGAGUGGAGUUGUUCAAAACCAUCUUUGUACCGUGUGGCAUUUGUU